AUGCCAUGCCACCGCCGACCGCCGCCGCCAACAACAAACUGCGAACCAUCGCCCUUUGCCGCCGCCAAUCACAACCCCGGCCGCCCCGCGGACUGCCGGUCGCUUCUUCCGUCCGCCAUACCGGCCGGGUCCAGACCUCGGCCACCAUGCAUCUCGCUGGGAUCCCGAGAAACAUCGCCAAACAGCCGCCAACGAAAAGCCCGUCACUUCUCAAUCUCACCACCUCGACGACACGGCAGCCCCCUAUCGUCCUUCUUGCUGGUUCUUCACCGCCAGGUCGUCGAAGACGAGUCAACCGGCAGGACACACUUACCUAGUCCCCUUCCCCUGCCCCGUCAGUUGUCCCGUCUUAGCGAACCCAUGCAUGCGAGUUGUGAGAUGGUAUCCGUGCCGUCACAGAGCACACCGACGCUCAUCUCCAAACCUGGACGCCAAGCCCUCCCUCUCUCAACGGGCGACAGACACAGCCCAGAUACGCUGGAGAGAGCAACUGCAGCCACCCGAGUCAACCCGCCAUCUGCCAAGACCAUGUGCUCUGCUUGUGGGCAAUUCGCCAGUCCGGUCCACGUGAAAGGGUCAGUCCCUCAACUGGCUGACCGGCGACAGCCCAGGGGAUAGAUGCCAAACCGAAUCGUCUAGGUGGUGCAACUACAUACUAUGUACACUUCCCUCAACCCCCCCUUGUUGCCGUCUAGGAACCGCGGCAAGGGGUGAGGCCUCCAAUUCAUCCGCAACCGGCGCGCCGUCUGUCGCCCCCCCCCCCCCCCCCC